GCAAGGAGGACGCGGCGGGCGAGGAUGAGGCCUGUGCGGAGUCUGAGGUGGAAGCGGGGCGUGGGCUCAGCGCCAGCACCUGCGCGCCCCCAGCAGCCUGUGCAGAGAGGGAGACCCAUGACGACGAGGCAGCUUCAGACCAGCAGCGUGUGUCAUCCGGGGAGGGCAGCAGCAGUGGCAGCGACUGCGGCAGCUCAGCCUCCAGCGUCAGGGCUGCAGCUGCAUUGGCGACAACCUCAGCAACUAGAAUAGCAAGUCGAUCAGGGAGGCUGCAGGGGGCAGCUGCUGGCAUCAGAGUGGUGGCCAUUGCCCGUGGCAGCACCCUGGCAGAUUCUAGUAGCAAGCUGACCAAACAGAGGGAGAAGCAGCAGCUCAGGGACAGGGAGGAGCAGCAGCAGCAGCAACACCACCAGCAGCAUCAGCAGAUUCGGCAGCAGGCGAGGCAGUCGCCUCAGCCUGCGUUGCCUCUGGUCCUUUCUGCAGGCCCGGCCACGGCGUGCAAGAAAGCCAGCGCGGCCACCGACGCUCAAAGGUAUGUGCAGCAGCAGCAGCAGCAGCAGCAGCAGCAGCAGCAGCAGCAGCAGCAGCAGCAGCAGCAGCAAGAACAGAAGCACCAGCUGCACAUGGUAGCUGAGCCCAGCGGCGUGACCGGCGUUCCAGAGACCGAGAUGAGCCCUUGCGUUCUCUUUGCCACAAAAGGCGGGGCACAGGCGGGCAGCAGACCACAGCCGGACACCCUCCAGUCCACUGCACAGAAUACCUCGACAAUGCAGCAGGCUCUUCUUCCAAAGCAGCAGCAGCAGCAGCAGCAGCAGCAGCAGCAGCACCCGGCCACACCUGCGCAGCGGCCAGAGCCGCAAACACUCACAUACCCGCAUGCGCCAUCUGAACUCUGGCUGGAUG